AUGCCCCGCGACGCAGACUUCCUCAGCCCACGCGAGCUGCUGGUAAAUGAUGGGUUUGUUUGCAAGCUUGCUUCCUUUCGGAAACUGGGGGAUCUCUGCAUCAGGAAUCAGAAUCUGCCCGAUUCUGAUGUCAGCCUGAUGCAACAAGCUGGCUUUGAAGAGAAAGCCUAUGGCAGGGUGCUAGCGUCUUAUCUGCAGCCGAUCCCUAUUCAAUUCCUGACGGUCCGGCAAGUCGCUAAUAACCUCAAUGGACAGUACAACUAUACCGAUACUGUAUGCAGCACCGCCUUGAAACUUUGUUCUACCGCGCCAGACGAUUACGACAAGAUAUUCCAGGACAUGGAGGCAUUGAGACAGGACCCCGACAACGACAGCCUUCGGGACAAGGUCCAGAAGGAGAUCAAGGAUCGAAAGUACGAAAUCGACAUCCUUAAAGACCAGGCGUCCGCGUGGGGCUCGAAUCUCCGAGCUUACAGCCUGGAUGCGGAGGAUUGCGAGACCAAGGUGCAUCAGCUGGCUGCCCCUUUCCAGGGAACGACCUUGGCGGACAUGUUGAAAGCCGAGAUAUCCGAUCCCGAGCACCUCCAGAUGGACCUUGAUGCUCUGGAUUGGACCAAGGCUCUGCUCGAAGGUUUUGCCAUGAUCGAUGACUUGCAGGAUUCGCUGCAGGAGGUGCAAAAGAUGGCCGGAGCUUCAGGCCUUGUUGCAGACGAUAUAGCCGUGCUGCUAAAGUACGUCGAGGAUCACCUGGAUCCAGAUGAUAACCCUCUGGAUGGCCUGGUAGAAGCGACCCUUUUGCGGAAAUGGAAGACUCUGGAGCAAGACGGUAUGUCAAAGGCCCCCGAGAUGUACCAACUCUGUUUUCUGUUUGGGAACAAGAGACUGACUGCCUGA